AUGUAUGGGUUGAAGCAGAUCCAUGCCUUGUCCAUCCAGGGCAACUAUGAGCUACGUAUCGACUUGGAGGACUUUGAAAACAGCACGGCAUACGCCCAUUAUGGUACCUUUGGAGUUGGCCUCUUCUCUGUGGACCCUGAUGAUGAUGGAUACCCUUUGACAGUCGGUGACUAUUCUGGCAAUGCAGGUGAUUCUCUUCUAAAGCACAAUGGAAUGAAGUUCACCACCAAAGACAAGGAUAAUGACCACUCGGAGAACAACUGCGCUUCGUUUUACCACGGUGCAUGGUGGUACCGAAAUUGCCACACCUCCAACCUGAAUGGUCAGUACCUGCGUGGUCAGCACACCUCCUAUGCCGAUGGCAUUGAGUGGUCCUCCUGGACUGGUUGGCAGUAUUCCCUGAAGUUCUCUGAGAUGAAGAUACGUCCCACCCGUGACCUUGAGAAUAAAUAAAACUCACAAAAGAGAAAGAAGAUAAAAAAGACCUUUUUAAAGCAUUACAAACCACAAAUUCUAAGAGU